UGUUACAGACGUGUCUGAGUUACAUUGGGGUAUUGAGCGGCGGCUGGAGAAGUGGCUAUCAUCGGCUCGAAAAUAUCCCUCAAUUUUCAAAAAUAAUCGGUCUGAAAUGUAACCUGAGUUCUCGGGAAACUGUGGUAGAUUUUGGGUUGAAGUGUAGGGAAGGUUCGUGUCGAAAAAAGGUCCGCGUGUGGGGUUUUGUUUUCGGGGUUGUUUUUUGGGGAAAAUUUGAGUACGGGUUCCAUUGUGAGCUGAACUGUGUUGGGGUUGAAUUGGUAGUGUCACAAUGAAUAACAUCUUGGGACUGGACUUCCUGAUUUUGUGCUCUCUGAUAACAUUCCAGUCGGCUUGGAGUUACGGCAUUUUCAAAGAUUCGUGUACAUUCCCUGAGGAUUGGGCGGGCAGAUGGUUUCAGAGCGGGGUUCGCACAGUGAUCAUCAACAGCACCUCAAUCCAAUACAAGGGCAACUGCAUCCAGUCCGAGGGAGACAAGUUCCUCAUAGAAGACAAGGAAGACAACUGCUUUCGUUGUGUAGUGAUUCACGAGAAGCAUGAGAACGUCCUCCAAUAUAAAGAAACAUACUGUGAAUGGAGAGAACCCCUGGAGACGUUAUGCGAGAAAAUCACAGGAGACGCACCCCUCUUCAGUAUGUUUCGGGUGGAGGCCAAACCCUCCCCAUGCCCAUUUAAACCCCCCUUCACCUACACUUACAACAGGGGUUCUGGAGAAUGCAGAUUGCCAGUAUCUAGAGCUGAUCCUUGUACUGAAGAUUCAAGACUGCUUUUGAGGUAUCAAGCAUGUCCAGAUGUGCACAACUCGGAAAGUUCUGUGGAGGAGUUGGUGUGCCUGGCAUGGUGGAAGGACGGUUCUAUGCGCUACCUGGUGGGUCAACUGCAUCAUCACAUGGUGAAAGAUGACGAGGAUAGAUACAGGUGCUUUGUGUUCGAGGAGAGGGCAGGUGGCAGCUUCAACCUGGCGCAAUCAGGUGAUGCCACCUGCAAUGGACUCCUAUCACCCACCGAGGGGUCACGUACACUGCAGCUCAAAAGAGUGGAAACCCAUCACAACAGCGGUGGGAGAGUGUGCCGAUUCCCAGCCUGGCUGACAACGCAUCACCUCUGGCACACACUGGACUACUCUCGCAGUUACCACUUCUCCCCGCGUAACGGCACGUUACGCGUUACGUCACCCACGCACGUUACGGUGCUCAGGGCACAGUGUCAUCACGUUACGCACGCCACUGACACGCAGGCAUUACUCGUUACGCAUCUCACUACUGGCUGUCAAAGCGGCUAUUCGUGUAUGAUGUUCUACAAACGUGAGUCACAUGUGAUUGAGCUGCAACAAUCAGCAAAUCGUACACAAACUCCGGAGGAGGCAUGUUUGUCUUUCAACUUCAACCCACUGAUUCUUCCAUACACAACUUUAACAACUUCUACCCCGCGACCCCGAAAAUGCCCCUAUCUGGGUCGUUACGAGGUCUCUCUGAACGAGACCCUGUACAGCGGCCCGCCCGGUCUCAGCCUGCUAUUGGCCAAUCCCAGCAUGGCGCUGACCAAUAGGAACGCAGCGUCGCAGGGAGGCUCCGCCCCUUCCACGCCCCUACUGCCUGAAAACUGCAAACUGCGUCAAACUCAGACGCUCACUGUUGGAUGUUCUGAGUCUCAGGACAAGAUGGAGUUCCAUACGAGGGUGUACUGUGCAGGAGGUGGCCAGGGGGGUGCAGGGGGGCAGACCAGCACUAACAGGUGGUACAGCACCAGUGAUGGAAGUGAGGAGGAACAAGCACCAGCUAUUGACACGCUCACUGCAUACUCGUGCCACGGAGACUGGACAGACCACAACGGCACAACCCGCUACCUGAUCGUGCUGCCCUCGUCCCGCAAAUCGGUUGGAGCUCGUCGCUACUGUUUCGUCAUGCAAGAUGCUGCACAAGCGGGUGGCCUGGAAGGCAGCGUGCACAUCUCCUCGCUGACCGAGUCCUGCUACAGACAUCACCAGCAGCCUCCUCCUCCUCCCUCCACUGCCUACUCCUCACAGUCUACUGCGCAUGCGCACAUCUACCAUAACAUCAACAAUCCCCCCUCCUCUGCCUCCUCUACUGAUCAGCAGAGGGGUGCCGGCGAAAUGAUGAUGUCUUUCAAUAUUACUCCGCUUGGAGAAUGCAGCAGCGCAGUUAUGCAAAGAUCUCAGCUGUUCAGAGUCUCGAUUAUUCCGAUUGUAGGCCUAGCUGUCUCACGUCUCCUCAUUCUAAGAUGAUGCCAAACGCCCACAGUAAUAUUCUAAACAAAACAACAGUGUGAAAAAAAACAUUCCACUAAUGAUAAAUAUUAAUUGAUAAUUUGAUACCAGAUAAAUUAAUGUAAUAUAAAUAAUAUAUAUCUGUCCAGUGCCUGAUUAAACGGGAGCAAGAAGGCAUAUAACAUAUAAAACUGUUUUGUUUCAAUAUGGAACAAAAUGUCUAGGUGGCAUUGGAAAAUAUUUUCGAGAAAUACUUUCAAAAAAAAAAACAUUAGAGAAACAUUGUUGUCAAAAUGGAGGUAGAAAGCAGAGGGCGAUUUUCGCCAAGAAGAAAAGCUGCUUAUCGAUUAUUUGCAGCGAUAGAUCGAUGGAGAUGUCGAGAGUCUGAGAAUCGAUGUACUGAUAGUUGAUUAAUUGAUUCUCAUUCAACUUUUGGAUGAGUCCAGAGUCCAAUGUAGGGCUACCUAGAAUACAAUCUAAAAUAUAUUCUAGGUACCUUGGAAGAGUUUAUUGAUACAUUGACAGUAAAUGACAUACGGAGGGAAGGGGACUUCAUUUAGAUCAGAAUGCGGAAUCAAUACAUCGUCCAAUAUUUAUCGACUGUGUUGAAUCGGAGAUUCGAUAGUAUCGAAAGUUAAAUAUCGACAGCAUUAAAUGGAGUAUCGAUAUUUCAAUAGUAUCGAUAGCAGAAGAAUCAAAACAGGUAUGUGGCAUAUCGAUAGUUAAGGUGCUAAUCAAAAUUCGGUGAUGGUGGUGGUGGUGGCUUGAAAACUAACAAAAAUUAUCUAUUAUUGAAGAUUUUUUAGAUGAAAUUUGAUUUGAUUGAAUUUCCUUACUAGAGACUCUUGACAGAGUAUAGGAAAUCGUCAAGAAGGUCUACUUGUCCAAAAAAUAAAAGAAUACAAAUAAACAUAUUAUAUACAUCACAUUCUACAAUGUGCAUUACAAUUUAACCCUCCCAGUCAUGAAAUAGGUGUUCUCUAAUAAUUUCAAAAUUUAUUUUCAUACUUGAAAGAUUUUUUUUUCAAACUGAUGAGAAACCUAUAAAUAAAAAAUCUUUUUUAUUUCUGGAUUAGACUCUUGGAACAGUGCAUUAAUACCAUAGGUAUAUCAAUUUAGACUCAAAACUCUAGCUAGACAAGAAAUAUAGUUUGGUUUGACCAUAGUCUGAAUUGAUCUAAUAAAACGUGAGGAUUGAAACAAUAGAUAGAGAUCGAGCGUCAUCUAUUCCAAUAAAUUUAUUCAAAGCUUAACCUGUUUCGGACUAUGUGUAACCUUAUCUAAAUUUGGGAGAGGAAUAGCACAAGUUUAUCUUAUUUUUCAAUCCCUAUCAUUUUUGAUGAUGUACUUGUUGUAUGAAUCAAUAAAGAAUAAGAAUAAAACAACAGAUUACAAAACAUUUUUACAUCACCACUCAUCACUAAAACCACUGACUUGAAAAAAAUUGAAACUGAAUCAAAUCAAACUAUAUACCAUUU